GAUAACUGCAAGUCUAUAACGCCAAAAGGUCUAAAAAUCCAUCGUCACUAAUUCCUCUUUCCCUCCUUAAAACAGUUUGCUUCAAAUACAAGCCCCUCCCUCACUCUUUUCUUGAAUUGGACAACCAACAUUCAUGUGAAGCUACUAUUUUCCUUUUCUUCUUACAUAUAGUCUUUCCUUUCUCUCUUAACAUAAACAGCAACAACAAUAUACUCAUCUCAGGUCUGAUCAUUCACAGAUCUUACCCCUACCUUUUGUGGGAUAGAGAGAGCUGUUACCCUCUGCUCAAAACAGAGUUUCUCUCUAACAUAAAACAGAGUUUUUUGUUUUCUUGACUUAAAUCUGUUCUAUGGGGCUGGUGAGAUUGACAGGUUGUGUGAAGAAUUAUGAUUGGGGUCAACCAGGGAAGGAAUCACGUGUGGCGCGACUGUAUGCUUGUAAUAGUGGUGACUACCAUGUUGAUCAGGACAAGGCUUAUGCAGAAUUUUGGAUGGGGACUCAUGAUUCUGGGCCUUCAUAUGUUGUGGAUGGAGUAGCUGAGCAUGGAUUGACUAAUGGUGGGGAGAGAAAGAAGUUGAUGUUGAAGGAGUGGACUGAAAAGAAUCCUAGUGUUCUUGGACAUAAGGUUGUCAAGAAGUGGGGUAACAACCUUCCUUUUCUCUUCAAGGUACUAUCUGUUGCAAGAGCGUUGUCCAUACAGGCCCAUCCAGACAAGGAUUUGGCCACUCGAUUGCAUAGUGAGCUGCCGGAUGUUUAUAAGGAUGACAAUCACAAACCGGAGAUGGCAUUGGCGUUGACAGAAUUUGAGGCCUUAUGUGGAUUUAUAAGUCUUGAGGAGCUUAAGUUGAUUGUUCAAACGGUGCCCGAGAUUGUUGAAGUGAUUGGUACUGCACACGCAGAGCAAGUGUUGGACUUGAAUGAGGAUAGUGGGAAGGAGAAUGGUAAAUUAGUGCUACAAUCAGUAGUUACUGAGCUGAUGUCAGCAAGCAAGGAUGUGGUUGCUGAAGCGAUAGCCAAGCUGAUUAGUCGCCUACACAUUAAAGAUCAGGCUAGGGAGCUGACAGAGAAAGAACGAGUGGUACUGAGACUUGAGAAGCAGUAUCCAGCUGAUGUUGGUGUCUUGGCUGCAUUCUUGUUAAAUUAUGUGAAACUUAAUCCUGGUGAAGCUUUAUAUUUAGGGGCAAACGAACCUCAUGCUUAUAUAUAUGGUGAUUGUGUUGAAUGCAUGGCAACAUCAGACAACGUGGUACGUGCUGGCUUAACUCCAAAGCACCGGGAUGUUAAAACUCUAUGCUCAAUGCUCACUUACAAACAGGGUUUUCCUGAAAUUCUGCAGGGUGCUGCAGUAAAUCCUCACAUUAUGAGGUACAUUCCUCCUUUUGAUGAAUUCGAAGUCGAUCGCUGUAUUCUUCCCGAAGAAUCAACUGCUGAAUUUCCCGCCAUUCCGGGUCCAUCCAUUUUUAUGGUUGUGGAGGGAAAGGGAACAGUGACCACACCAUUGAACGAGAUUAUUCGCGAAGGUGAUGUGUUUUUUACACCUGCAAACACCAGCAUUACUGUUUCAACAUCUUCUGGUUUGCAUUUAUAUAGAACAGGAGUAAACAGCAGUUUUUUCAACGAGUGAGAGUUGUGCACAUGCUAGAGCGUAAAAUAGUUCAUUAAUUUCAUCUGUACUGAAGUUGGCUGAUCCAACCUUGUAAUAUUAGUCUGGGCAUGUACAUGCUACUUCUGUGAAUCAGGUAUGUAAGAUUAAUAUGAAUAUUGGUAUAUUUGCCUCA